GGUUUUAACAAAUUUAACAAACUGUAGAAACAUUUUGCAUGCAGACUCUUAUAUUGUCUCUACACACAACUCACAUGUUUAUCACCCAUGCAGUCCUACAGUACAUAAUAAUCGGCCUAGUGUACAGUAAUUGUUCUUCAAUUACUCAUUCAAAAGGAUAACUCUGCCUUACACUUACACACUUCCCUUACACUCAAGCAAUAAAAGCAGCACUGCAUGUAUGCCUUUUGAGUUUUUGCACAAGUUCUUGUGUCCUUUCCAGGCAACGUUGCUUUUGGAACACAAUUAGAGUCUUUUUAACAGUAAUGCAGCAAUAAGCCAAAUGUGAAAAAAACCUUUCUAAAAUCAAAAACACAUGAGCACAUCGUAACAAGAACUAGAAGAACCCAGUUAUUACUGAUGCCAACAAACUAGUGCUGCUAGGAAAUCUUGAUGAUCUUGCUUGUGUAGACUGCUGCACAUCAGUGUAAAUAUUUGGUGCAUUCUUUUCCUUUCCUGUCUGUUGGUGCCUUUGUUUAUUUUCUCAUUGCCCACUUGCCUCCGUUUGUCAGCUGCAUGGCUGUUGUUGCCUCACUGUGAGCUAAUGUUGUCUAUACACUCGUGAAAAUCUCAUAAUAUAUUGAUGUGUAUUCUGCAUCUGCUGCAUUGUUAUUUCUUUAUAUGGUAUUAUGCAGUGUUCAACCAAACAAAUUGAUGAAAGGCUAAAAUUAAAUUUGUUGUUUGAAAUCAAAUCUCAAAGAUUUAUAUUUCACCUAUUUUGUAACUGGAAAAGUGAUCCAGCUGUUUUUUUUUUAAUAUGUUCUUGUCUGUGUCAUGUCUGAAUGUACAUCUGAGCUGAAUGGGGUCAGUUGUUGCAGAGCUCAGUAGGUCAAAGCUAGGUGCAGGCUGGGAUGGCCCCGUGAUCUGAUAUUUAUGGUUAGGAGAGUUAUAAAUAGCUGUAGUAUGUGUGUGGUUACUGAGGAGUCCAUUGGCUCGACUGUUGUAAAAGCCACGAGAGGAGCACAGCCAUUUGACUGACGGUAAACACCAGACAAUAAUUAGUAAUGCAUGUAGAAAAAACCCUAACUGAUUAGGCCAUUGCUGUUGUAUAAAUUAACCUGUUGAACUUUAUUAUUUGUUGCUGUUAAAUGUUCAUGUUCCAGAUCAUUUAAGAGCACUUGUAAUGCUGUAAACAUGUCUUGUUUUCUUUGUGACAUUUCCUUUGCUACCUUCAGUUAGUGUUUGAGCAAUACUGGUAAAUGAUACCAGCACUUGUCCUUGUAGUAGGACUCUCCAUGCUUUUUUUUGGCUACACUGAGAGAGAAAUACUACCAAUUCUCUGCGGGAAAAAUGAUCUCAUGGGGCCUGUAAAGUUAAGAGAUAGUGGACAAAAAACUAGGUCAAAUUAGAUCUGCUCAUUAGAAUCCUUAUAUUCAUUAUUUAACAUGUAUUUUAGUGUCAAUAAACUCAACAACAAGAAUAAGACUGUCUGCAGCUAUUCCCUGCUUAGCUGCACUCUGCUGUUGUUCACUUUUCCCUGUUGGGUGCAAGCGAGUGGCGUGCGAGGUCUCAGGUACCAGAUUUAAUGGUCUUGUUUGCCUUAUGGCUGUGUCUCCCCAGAGCAACACCUCGAGCAUUGACUCUUUCUGGACUAACAGAUGAACAGGGAAACAGAAGAUGUCUUUUAUCAAUCGGAGGAUGACUGGGAUGAAGAUGAGGCAACCCAAUAUAUAAUUGAACAAAGUCUGAUUCAAUACAGAAAGCUCAAAGGAUUGAAUCCAAGUGACCUGAAAGUCAGCGAAGACCCUGAUGAGAUUUUCAAAGCAAUCAAGGAGGGUGAUCAUGAUGCAUUGAACAGACUGGCAGAGCAACCAGAGACUCUGUCCAGAGUUGAUGAGCGAGGAUGGAUCCCCCUGCAUGAGGCCGCAGUCCAGGAGAGCAAAAAGAUACUGGAGUUUAUAUUCUCAGGAUCAUCUCCUGGGGCAGCCCAGUGUCGUACUCUUCAGGGUGAGACGCCACUGUUUCUAGCUGUGGUUCAUGGACUCAGAGAGAACGCCACAUUCCUGUUACAGAAUGGUUGUAGCCCGGAUCUCCAGAACGAUGAGCAGGAUUCUCCAUUAGUGGCAGCUAUUCUGAAUGACCAGUAUGACUUGGCAACACUAUUGCUUCGCCACAAUGCUAAAGUAGAUCAAACAGGACCACUAAACAGGACAGCUCUACACGAGUCCGCAUUUUUAGGCUUGGAGAACUUCGUCCAUCUGCUCCUAGAGUCUGGUGCUAACCCAAAUGCAUGUGACAUCAAAAUGAAAACUCCACUGGCUCUGGCUGCACAGAAUGGACAUCUAAAUGUGGUGGAGGUCCUGUUACAGAAAGGAGCCCACGUGUGGUAUGAAUCAGAGUCAGGCACUAUCUUGUUCGAUGCUGCGGCAUCAGGAAACCCUGACAUAAUCUCCUUGCUGCUGGACCAUGGAGCAGAUCCCAACCGACCUCUUUACAGUGGACACCUGCCAAUUCACCGUGCAGCAUACCAUGGUCACAUACUGGCACUGGAGCACCUCAUCCCAGUGACUGAGCUAGACGCUGUAAAGGAAAGUGGGAUGAGUCCUCUCCAUUCUGCAGCUGCUGGGGGGCAUGUUCGCUGUGUCGAGUUGCUGCUCAACACUGGCUAUGAUCCAAACUUCAUGCUGCACCCAAGAGUGCGCCGCAGCUAUGAUGAUGAGCGCAGAUCUGCCCUCUAUUUUGCUGUGUCCAACAAUGAUCUUCAGUGCACCCGCUUGCUGUUAGAGGCUGGAGCAAUGGUGAACCAGGAUCCUAUCAACUGUUUGCAGGUGGCUCUCAGACAGGGCAACUAUGAGCUGAUCAACACGUUGCUGAAGUUUGGGGCAAAUGUAAACUACUACUCCCGUGUCAACACCACUCACUUUCCCUCAGCACUGCAGUAUGCCUUGAAAGACGAAGUCAUGUUAAGAAUGAUUCUGAACCACGGUUAUGAUGUUAAGCGUUGCUUUGACUGUCCCUAUGGUGAUAGUUCCCAUGGCUACGCUCCUUGGACGACCUCGGUCAUCAAAGACAUGGUGUUCUGUGAGGUGAUAACAGUGUCCUGGCUUAUGCACUUAUCUGGUCAGGUGGUGCGCAUCAUGCUGGACUACACCGACCAUGUCACCUUCUGCACCAAACUCAAGGACACAUUGAAGGAGCAGAAACAGUGGCCAGAGAUCUGUCACAUUCAAAGAAAUGCACGCAGCCUGAAACACCUGUGUCGGUUGCGGAUAAGGGAGCAUUUCAGACGCCUGCGCUUGAGAGCCCCAGUUUUCAUCAACUUCCUUCCUCUUCCUCCAAGGCUGAAAGAUUACAUACGCUACAAGGAGUUUGAUGUUUACAGCAGGGGCAGCAUGGUUAACCCACAGUAAAAACACAUUUAUAGUUGUCACAGAUAGCACUGUGAUAGAGGCACAAAGACAAUAAGUAUCUUGUAUCUGUUACUGUGUGUUUUGGAAAUCUUGUUGUGUUCCAACAUAUUUUAUGUGUUUUAUUCCUUGCAAUAUUAUUUGUACAAAAACUCUGUACUUUUAAGUUUUUUAAUAGCUAGUUCAAGUUCAAGUUCUUUAGUGUUAAAUCUCAUUACACAAGCAUAACAGAGUAAAAAUCUUAGGUUUCAGCUCCUCAACAAUGUAGUAAGGAAUAAAAUGAAAUAUUUAAAGUAGUGAUAGUAAUAGAAAUAAUAAUAAGAGUAUAAAAAACAAGAAGAGUGUAAACCAUGAGUGUAUGUAUGUAAAGUGCAGUGUGCAUGUUUCCUACUUAAUACAGUAACAUAUAAAUACCCUCUGUAAAUGUACUCUUUGUUAUACAGUUGUGACUCCUCUGGAUAAAUGAGUCCUAAAGAAGCAAUGCAGAAACAAGACUGGACCGUGUGUGGUCAAUGUGUGAAAUUGUGGCCAAUGUGUGAAUUCCCGGAUAUUAAAUGUUGGUCUGCAAUUUUCUGUAGUGGUCCCAGUAAUAUUUAUUGUUGAAGUGUACUGAAGUAGAA